AUGGACAGCCCCUGGAACGGAAGUGACAGCCCCCGGGGCACGGCGGAGCCGCAGCCCCGGUGGGCCCCAUUGCCCCCCUGCGAUGAGCGCCGGUGCUCGGCCUUCCCCCUGGGGGCGCUGGUGCCUGUGACCGCUCUGUGCCUGGGCCUGUUCGCUAUCGGGGUGAGCGGCAACGUGGUGACCUUGCUGCUGAUCGGGCGCUACCGGGACAUGAGGACCACCACCAACUUGUACCUGGGCAGCAUGGCCGUGUCCGACCUGCUCAUCUUGCUCGGACUCCCCUUCGACCUGUACCGCCUGUGGCGCUCGCGACCCUGGGUGUUCGGGUCGCUGCUCUGCCGCCUGUCGUUUUACCUGGGCGAGGGCUGCACCUACGCCACGCUGCUGCACGUGACGGCGCUCAGCGUCGAGCGCUACCUGGCUGUGUGCCGCCCGCUCCGCGCGCGUGCGCUCGCCACCCGCCGCCGCGUGCGCGCGCUCAUCGCCGCGCUCUGGGCCGUGGCGCUGCUCUCCGCCGGGCCCUUCUUCUUCCUGGUGGGCGUCGAGCAGGAUCCGGGGGUCCUCGCCAUCCCUCGUGGAAAUGAAACGGUUCUGUUCCCCCCCACCCCUCCGGCCUGGUCGUGGCCGUCGCUCGGGUCCUCGGGGUCGCCGCUGCUGUCCUCGCCGUCGAGUUCCGCGACCACCGCCGCCGCCGCCGCGCUGUUCAGCCGAGAGUGCCGGCCGAGCCGCGCGCGGCUGGGCGCGCUGCGCGUCAUGCUGUGGGUCACCACUGCCUACUUCUUCCUGCCCUUCCUGUGCCUCAGUCUCCUCUACGGGCUCAUCGGGCGCGAGCUGUGGAAGAGCCGGGGGCCCCUACAAGGCCCCGCCGCCUUAGGGAGGGAGAGGGGCCACCGGCAGACCAUCCGUGUCCUGCUGUCAGUGGUUGUGGCAUUUAUAGUGUGCUGGUUGCCUUUUCAUGUUGGCAGAAUCAUUUACAUAAAUACAGAAGACUCCCAGAUGAUGUACUUCUCUCAGUACUUCAACAUUGUCUCUCUGCAACUUUUCUAUCUCAGUGCCUCCAUCAACCCAAUUCUCUACAACCUCAUUUCCAAGAAGUAUCGCGCAGCUGUUUGGCUACGCUUCCACUUCAAUGCUCCUGGGCUCCAUGAACAAAAUUCUCAACCCAACAGCCAAUCUCCUCCUCACUGGUCUGCGCACCCUGGGACCCGCACCAAGAAAUCCUCAAGUGACUUUAUUCCGCCAAGAUCAAAGGAGAGAAACAAGUUAAUACCAGCCGGCGGCGAUGGAAAGCUCAGUAGCUAA